GGGUGCAUCCUAUCAACUUUUUGCAGGAAGCCAGUACAACAGAGCUCUUUGCCAUCAGGCCAAGGAGCGUGUGUGACUGCUAGGGCCAGUGGCAGUUGCAUAUCUAUUGGAAAAACUAUUCACAGGGCCUUCAGAGCAGGUCACACAGAGGUACAUGCCUCCAGGCAGCUGUCACUAGGCAGGGUGUAUUGUGUGGUUGACAAUCAGAGGUUGUUGGGAGACAGAAUUUUCAAAAGAACACAGGAAGGGAGAAUUUUCAGAUGUAACAUCAAAGGCCUGCCCAGUUUGCUGGUCUGUGGGGGCUGAGACCUCCUGGCUUCCUUCAGCUGGGAAGUCAAGCUGCCUGGGUGAGGCGCUUGAACUUGUGAAAGGCGGGUCUCUGCCACCCUGGCUGAAGGAUGGGAAAGGCUUUGAGUGAGCAGUGCUGUAUUGGAUAAGAGGCUGGUGACAAGAUGGAAGUUGAAGAAACUAAAAGAGUUCAAGUGCAGAAAAAUAUAAGAUCAAAUGAGAAGCUGCCUUAUGUGCCAACUGCUGGGGUAGAAAAAAAUCCUUUGAAAACAUUUACCAUCCCUAAAAUAAGGAGGACUGCUGAUAAAGUUUCUUUAGCACCGUGCAAGACUAAUGAGAGGGAGUAUAGUAGCAUCAAUCAUACUCUGAGCCAGUCCCGUCUCAACACAGGAUGUGACCUGCAGUCUUCUUGGCAGUUUGGUGAGAUAAAACUUGUACACAAUGCAGAUCUGGAAAAAAAAUUUGCUGGAAAAAGGGCCAAGAUGCGUGAAGAAGGAAGGCAAGGCAGAGAACUUGAGGAACAUUUUUGCUUUUUAGUGUUGCCUUGGGAUGAGGUCUCAAAAAUUUACCAGGGUGGAAUACAUACUAGCGAAUCUACAAUGAAAGAAUUAGGAAAUCCCCUCCUUGGAGUUUAUUUGUUCAGACAUGUUGAUGUUGCUUUGAAUUAUGCAAAGAAGAGAUGGAUCAGUGCAGAACACAUCUUGGUUUUCAAGGUUCUCUUUGGAAAAGUAAAAAAAAUUCAGCCUCCCAUGGGUAAAAAGAAAAUUGCUCUGGAUCCUACACCAAACUUUGAUUGCCAUAUGUCUAGAAUUGCUCCUACACUUAAAGAUCCAGUUGAUCUGCAGGCCAUUGGCUCAUCGGUUUACUUCUAUGAAUACAAUAUACAUUCGAAACCAGUGGAUAAGCCUAGGCAGUGCCUUCCAUAUGCAAUAGUAACAGUAAGGUUUGUUGGGCCGAAGGUGGAAACUGACCCUCUUACAACAUCUGUGAGGUUUCUGUCUAAAGGAUUUCCUAAGUAUUCUGGAAGACGAGGCUCAUGGAAAAACUGCACAGUAGCCAAAAGGAUUGGUAAAGGCGCUCAGGCUACAAUAAUCUAUGAGCAUUUCAGGAAACCUGUAAAUGUACAUGCUUUCAGACCUGAGGAAAGCUCUUCUUGCAGUGAAGUAAAUUCAGAGGAAAAUACUUCUGGCCCCAAAGUUCGUUCUUCCUGCGAAAAUACACAGAACAGGAAUGGUUUGGUAGCUGAAGCCCACGAUAUCCAAGUGGAACAUAACAUACCAGGAAGGUGGGAUUCAUCACAAGUACAAGAAAAUGAACUGAGUCUGUCCCUUGUGGCUGGUGUAGAUGCCAAUGGAAGCAUCAACAGUGACCAGAUGGUGAAUCUAAAAUGCAUUGACACUGCUGCCAACAGUAGUAGUGGCUCAAGUACUGUAAUUACUUCAAGACUCAUUAUGGAUCCAAGACUGAAGAAAAGAGAAGGAAACCCAGAAAAAGAAAACUCUGAAGCAGUUUUUCAUAGGAAUUCAAUGUCUGAGAAUGGGCUGGAAUAUCUCAACUCAGAAAUGAAAAUAUCAGCCACUUUAAAUUUAGAUUUGCCUGAAGAACCUCCUCUGCUUAAUGACCCAAAACAAGAUCCACUUGGACAGAGACAUGCAGGACAAGAAUUAUGGAAAGAGGCAGUUUUAAUAAAAGAGUUUACGUCAACAUUAAAGACAAACAAAGAACACUCCAUGGAAGACAAGCAAGUGGCUGGUAGCAUAACAAAACUUCAUAAAGGAAUAAUGGAGCCAUUCCCAUUGCAAGAUGUUCACACACAACCUGCUUCAAAAAUCUUUAUUGAAGAAAAGCAUGUCACAGCAAAUGAGAACCUUAUCUGUGAGAGAAAAGACUUAAAAAUGCACCAGAUUCAGGUAGUAGAACAACCGAGGAAAUGUUCAUCUUUGCCAUUUGGGGAUACAAAACCUGAGACAGACUCGCAGGAGAGUUUGUCAAUGAAAGACAAAGCAAACCACUGCUACACAGAAAAAGAUUCCAGUCUUCCUAAGAAUAACACAAAGCAUUUACCUGUUCACGGUAGCAAAAAGAACUUGAGUUUCACUAAAAACUCAGGGCAUAAUGAGUCUCCUCCUGAUCAAAAGUGCCAAUCUGUCUCAAUGGGAAAGCCAGUUUCAUCAGUGCUAUCUGCUAACUUUGCCUGCAACACACUCCCUGAACCUGUGCCUGACAGCAUUAUAGAUUCAGGCAGUUGUCUGAAUUCCAGAUCUCAAAAGUGUUCUGAUCACCAUAUGCCAUCAAUGGUAGGAAAUAUUUUCUCUUUUUUCUCUGAAGAUUGUGAGAAGAAAAAUUCUAAGAAAGUACCUGCAGAGGACCCCCCAAAAAGAAAAAAACAAAGGUCACACUUAUCUCUGUCGCAUGCAUGGAAGCAGGGAAAAAUGUCAGUAGGUCAGAAAAAAACUAAUGCAGAUAAAAAAUCGAAGAUUUUCAGUCAAGUGGGCAAUGGCCUUAACUCACUUAAGAAACAUGAUAAAGGACAGGAUUCAGCACCACAGAAUUAUUCUAAACAGGAUAAGUAUGCUUCAGGGAAAGGAGGGCAGAAAUUUCAGGAAUCACGAUCAAUUCAUUUAGUAUCACUUCAGGAUAAUCAGACACAUACUACUGAACAGUGUUUGCAUGAUGAUAAAGGCAUGAACAUGGGCAUUCAACAUCCAGAAAGUAUUAAAUCUCAGGAAGGCAAGACAGACGAAUAUACUGGGAAAAUGCAUACCCAGUUACAAGAAAAGAAUUAUACUUCUGAAAUAGGAAACCGUUCAACAGAUUCUAACAUAGCGGGUGCUGAAAAUACUUUGACCUCAAACAGCGAAUAUAAAGUCAAUAAUGAGAGUUUUAAUACACAGGAUCAUACUUUAGACAGUGAUGUCCCUGGAAAAAUGCAUUUUUCUGGACAUGCUAUGAGAAAACAGUAUGUGAAAGUGGAAGAAGACAGGUGUGCCUGUCAUGCUACUUGUGAAUCUGUUGCUAGUGAUCAAAUCAUUCGUGAAGAAAACGCUUACCAGAGUAAACUUCAAGAUACUAUGCUUUCAGAAAAAUGCACUGUGGGUGAAAACCUUAUAAUGGCCCAUAAAUUAACAUGUUCAACAAAUGGAAGUACAAACAAAAAUUGCAUAGAUAAAAAAGAAGAUGCUACAAAAGAAGUCAAAGCCAGUUCUUUCAUCAAAGACACAAUGAAUGACCAGAUAUAUUUAUCUCAUGCUGUCUGCAGAACAGACAAUGUAUUGACAGAUUACUGCAAUACAGAAUCCCUGUGUUUCCUUGGAGAAAAUGAGCCAGUGUCGUUAGACAAACAUUUCUGUGGGGAUAGCAAAGAGUGUGGAGCUUCUGAAGCUGCAUCUUUAGAUAAGGAGACGAGUCGGAUCUGUAAUCUGGAAAAGAGGACUGACAUAAAUGUUCAUGAUUUCAACCAAAUGCACACAUGCAGACUUGAAAAGGAAUUUAUCAAUGUACCAGGAGACUGGAUGAAAGUUUGUGAAAUUCCUCCUAUUCUGGAUUUUGAAAGAUCAGCUGCUGGUUUAAACUUAACUUUUGAAGAAGGAUGUGCAUUAACAGAAGCCUGUUUGAUGGAAACAGAUGUUUCCAAGGAAAAGGGAAUUAUUCCAGAUAACAAAAUAGUCUCAGAAGAGCUGUCUGCCACAGCAGAGUUUUGUAGACCUUCAGCACUGCCAGAGACUCAUGCAUGGGAAGAGCAGAAUGCUGUUAUGCUAAUCACCACCAUAUCCAUACCUUCUGGAAAUGUGGAACACAAAGAAAGAGGAUGUUUCCAACCUGAGGAAACAUAUGCUUCUGAGAAAAACUCAUCUUGCCUUGAAAAUAGUGUGCGGGAAAUAUUUAAACAGACAAUAGAGGAAAAAUGUGAGGAUAUUUUUCUCCAGGACAUGGAAUUUGAAAGUGAGAUUGAAAUUCAACCAGAACAGCCUGAGGAAUCUCUCUCAGCACCACAAAAUCCACAGAGUCAUGAAGAUGAAUCUGGUGAGGAGGUUGACUCACUGUAUCAGUACUUGACUGAUCGUAUAGACUGGGAAAGUUUGUUUGGCAACACUAACCGGAAGAUAUCAGGGAGGAAUGAAGAUCACUUUCCACUGGGGGAAAAAUCUUGCACAAAGGAAGAUAAAACAGCAUCUUUAAGUACAACUGCGUGGCCUGAUUUACAGAUUACAGUAACCAAUAUAUUUAAAUCAGGAUUCAGCUGCCCAAUCAUUGACACAGCGAGAGAGAUGUGCACAUGUGCAAUUGAACCUGCAGGACCAGAAAUCAAUAUGGAAUUGUCAGGAGAGCAAAGAAGUGAAGAAAAUAUGCAGAAUUUGGAUCUUACAAAUAAAAUGGAAACAUGCCUAACUAUCUAUGUUCAUAACACAGAUCCUCAUAUGCCUGAAAAAGAGAACAGUACUUUUACUGCACCUAUUACCGUUUCCAAUGUAUUGAAUAAAAGAAGUAGCUUUUACUGUGCACAACCAAAAGAUACUAGUAAGGAAAGUAACAGUAGAAAAGGUGUGCGAUCAAAAGUUAAGAGAAAACAUCCACGUAAUGCAUCUCUAACAAAUCAAAUGAAGCCUCAGAAAUCUUCAACAUGUUCAUCUAUAUAUAGAAAUUCAAAAUGUUGUGGUAAAAAGAGAGAACGCUGCUCAUCUGCGAUGUUUUCUUCAUUAUUUGAGGGACGGAUUAAAACACUUGCACAGUCUGAAAAACACAUUAAAAAUGUUCUAAAUACUCUUUGUAAUGAAGCAUCCUUAUGCAAAAGUAGGCGUCUAUCCAAAAAAAUAGAUGGUGCUCUGUUUCACUUACGGAAAGCUCAGAGGAGAGUUCUCAAAUCUCUAAAAAUCGUAACUAAAGUUGGAGAAAAAAGACAAAAGGGUCCUUUACCAAAACGUUAUGAAAUAAUAUGCAAUGACUUAUGGGAAAGCUGUGAUCUUGAAGGUCAUAAUUUCUUGACAUCUGGGAAGUAUUCUUUUGCUCACUUUUCUCAGAAAAGAAAGUCUAACAUACAGGAAAAUAAACGGGCUGUGGAGUUUAAGGAAGCAAGUGACACUGUUACAUAUAUGCCAGUAAAGAAAAGGUUUAAAAAUAAAGGGAAGAAAACGAGAAAAAUAGUUUCAAAGAAUGACCUGCCAGUGAGAUCUACUAUGAGCUGUGCACCUGUUGUGUUGAACGAUAUUGUAAGUCAGAUACAUCAUUGCAAAUCUGACUUAACUGUGGCUUCUUCGGUAACUUGUAGUCAGUUUUCAGCUGCCACAUGCAAGGAAUAUAUGGAUUUUCAGAAUAACAAUGUGAGAGAUUCAAGAAGAAUAACGGAACUUCAAACAGUCUCUGACAACUCUGUAGGUUUAGACACCAUUGGACUAGAAGAUAUGGAACUAACUACUAAGAAACACAACGUUUUUGUAAACAUUUCAUCUAAAAUUCAUAUUCAAGGGACUGCUGGAAAAUGUGGCAGGGUAGUACAAGAUAUAAGACAAGACCACAUCUUUGAAGCAAAUACAUCUGCAAACAAAAAUAUCUCAGAAACUUUGAGCUUGCCUCUCAGAAGGGAUGAUUAUGUUGAAUUUUGUAUGGACAAAAGAAAGGAUGGAGCUUGUAAGAGUAAUGUAAAGAUAGACACUGUCAUACAUACGUCACAAUUAAAAGCAGCUGCAGAACACUGUUUAAAUGCAAACACCGACAAGCAAGAUGUUUCCACACUCUCUGCCACUCACAAAAGGCUGGAAGGUAUUCUUUCUUCUGAAAAAGAGAAUAUGUUUUCUGCUAGUAGUGGAGAUAUUUCCACAAAUCAGAGUAUUAAUAUUGGAAAUUGUUCUUCAGGCUCAAUGAAGCAGAUGCCUGCAACAGAAGGAAAACAUGAGACCAACAUAUCUCAAGUUCCAUUAGACAACCAAAUUAUUAGUGCUAAAGCUGCAUCUUUGAAAAUGAGCUCAAACAUUUUAUCUGAGAGAAUUUUAGAGAUCCAGUCUUUUGAAACACCCACACUACCUCUCCGUGGACAGCUUCAAGAUAGAAGGAGUGACAGAGAAGAAACUUCAAAUUCAGAAAUGGGUCGUCUGAGUAAUUACGGAAAAGUAGCUGAAAAGGAGACACAUGUUACCGAGACUAUGAAAUUGGAACCAUUGGCAAAAUGUUUAUAUAAGAGAGAAAAUAACAGAGAGAAAGAGAACUAUUUAAAAAAUGUAUCGUCUGUGUCCCUAUUAUGCAAUGCUCUGGCCCCCUUUUCAAAUCAAUAUAUUCCACAAGAAGUUAGACAGAAAACAUUUCUAAAACGAAAGGAAACAGGACCAGUGGAAAGUAAAGCAAAAACACCUGUAAAUCUGUAUCUGGCAAAAGAUGUACCCGGGAGAUCCUCUGCUAUGGUAGUUUUGGAACAAAAGUGCAUAACACAAAAAGAAGGUCACUUUAGGUGUAAUAAGGAAUACAGCUGCAUUCAGAAUUCUUCAAACAACAGAAGGGCUCUCACUCCACCUAUCUUAAGGAAACCCAUGGAUAAGAAAUUUGCCCAAAGUAAUAAAGAUUGGAAAGAAAGCACUAACAAAGAUUGCCAGAUUAACUCAGAGCUGAAAUCAGGAAUUGUAGUUGAACAAGAUAUUCAAAGAAUUACGAAGACUUGCGGUGGCUCACCAAGCAGAACGCAUCAGAACUUUACAGCCCAUGUCACUAAGCUGAAUGUAAAUCAUCUCGCAGGUGAUCCUCUGAACAAAUAUGAGGGCAUCAAUGGUAAAAACAAGCAUAGAGAAGUGGGGAUGGAACUGAAAUCUCUUGCUUUUAUAACUGAAAUAUCAAAGAUUUUACAAAAAGCAGAUGAAACAUCAUCUCUGAAAAUAUUACAGGAACAGAUUACAGUUUGUGACACCCUUCUUCCUUCAUUUAUUAAGGCUUUUGAGGAAAAGCAAGGGUGCUCAUAUAAACACAUCUUGAUUUCCCGAGAGUUACUGGUUGAAAGAAAGCAAUGGACUAACUGUAAAUCUAAGUUAAAGUCAGAUGCUGUAGAUUCGCUGGUGGAACUGCAAAUAAUAAUGGAAACAAUUAAAUUCAUUGAAAACAAAAAGUGCUUUCUGGAAAGGGAGCCAACUUUCCGAAGUUUGCUUUGGUAUGACAGUUCACUCUAUGGGGAACUGUUUGGGAGGCCAUCAGGGUAUCAACAACAAUCUAAUUUCUAUCCAGCUUUCCAAAGAAGGCUGAAGUACAAUGUUUUUCGUGAGCUACAGAGCUACCGUAGACAGUUAUUAGAGCUCUUUGAAAAAACAAAGUGGCAAAAAAAAUCGUACUAUGCAUUCUUGAAAUUCAGGCGAGAGCUUGAUGAGUGUGAAGCUGUGAUACAACGUAACUCUGAUUGCUUAGAUUUUUUUCUCUCUGUGCCUUUUACUUGUGGUGUUAACUUUGGAGAUACUUUAGAAGAUUUGGAAACUGUAAGGAAAAGUGCCGUGGAACUGAUAAAUACGUAUAGGAACCUUCCAGAUGUUCACUCCUAUGCAGAAAAAGAGGACCAUCUGUGGAUUAUAAUGGAAAUUAUCGCUACAAAGAUAAGCUUUAUAAAAACCUGUGAAUCAAUUAAUAUGAAAGCAUCACUCUUUGGCCUUGAGCAUAUAUUUUUUGAUGCUGCCAGAAGUCUUGUUUGGAAAGACAGAAGUGUGGUGUUAAAUACAGUCUCUCCCAAUGAGAAAAAACAGCUUCUGAACACAAUAAACCAAGAUGCCCUCUCCAGGUUGUAUGAGGUUUAUGAAUAUGUGGCUGAAGAGUUUAGAACUGAAAAAUCUAACAAUAUUCCUAAGACGACAAAUGAUGCAGAAAAGUCAAAAUAUUGUGAAAAUGAAGGCAAACACGGAGAUGAAAACGCUGACUGCCUCAGCCUCAAUGUUUUGCUUUCACAUCCUGAUAUUUGCUGUGUUGGAGAAAUAUUAGAUGAAGCUCAGUUUGCCGACCUCAAAAAGUUAGAGCAGCUAAUGUUCAGAUGUACUGAACAUUUAGAAACCUUAAAAAUGUAUUUUCAGAUUUUGCAGGAGGAGGACAUUGAUAAAAUCUUAAUCACACAGCAAAAUGUGCUAGACACAAUGAAAAAUGAUGGCAUUAAUGCUGUAAUUUUAAAGCCUGAAGCUGUUGAGACUUACAUUGAAGUACUAAUGAUGUAUGAAACAAUUCACUUUCUUAAAAAUUCAAUAGCAAAAAAAGUAGAUGAACAAAGAUUUCGAAGCUUAUUGUGGUUUGAUUUAUCACUUCUUCCUGAGUUGGUACAUUGCCAAGAGAAAAUGUCUUCCUUUUCAUUUCUGAAAGAUAAUUCAAUGGACAACCUUCGUAAAACUAUUGAGUCUGCCAUCUCUGAGCUUAAGAGUGAGCUGGAUGUUAUUUACAACUAUGCAGACACCAUCAACUGCUCUUACGCACUUCACCUUUUGACCAGAGAACUUACAGAACUUUCGGAAAUAAGAACAUUCAUACAAAAUUCGAAGCCUUCUAUCUUCACAUAUGUUGAGUGUGUACCUUAUACAAUAUCUGUUAACUAUGGGAGCACGGUGGCUGAAUUAGACUACAACUACCAGCAGUUUUCUUUGUUGCUUGAAAAUUUAAUGUUGGCUGCCAGGAAGGAUUUAGGGAAAAUGGCUCAUAUUAUGAAAAUAAUGAAAACCAUUGAGCAUAUGAAGUUUGCUUGUGCCAAAAAAGGUAAAUCAGUCCUCUCUCUUCUGAUAUAUCAAAUGCUAAAUAACUGGAGAAAAACCUGCCAGAUGAAAAGAAAGGGAAACAUGAAAAUGCAUCUGACUAAAACUAAAAAAAGAGUCUGUGAAACUCAAGCUUCGGUGUCUGUCAUCAAAAGUAGCGCUGAGCCUCAGAAAAAAAGAUCUAGUUUUGUGUCCUCACAUAAAGACACUCCCGAGCAUACAGAAAGCUCUCCUUCCAGCUGCAAGAAACAAAAGGUUGGUGUUCUGAUGGCAGCAGUCUCAAAAAAUGGAGAUGAAAAUGAAACAUGCAAUCACAUAAGAGAGAAUGCUAGAAUUAAUCCCCAAAAUCAAAAAGAUCCAGUGCCAAGUAUCUUGGUGGAUAAGAUAGGAAAAAAGAAGCCUUUCGAAAAAGCUGUGCAAGACCAAUUACUGAACUCACCUUUGCAUUCAAAGGAUUCAGAAGCUGUUUAUUGCUCUCCACAUGUUAAAUCUACCCCAGAUGGUUUGAAAAGCUCAUCUGUUAAUUUAAAAGGCUUAGCCAGCCAGCAAAGCUCAGCAAACCUAAAGCACAUGAGCAGAAGAAACAGUAAUUUUAAGAAAAUUACAAGAAAACAUCAUGAAGGUUUUGCAUCCCGUGACAAAAAACAUGAAAAUGCUCAUUUGUCUUCAGAAAAAGAGCCACUACUUCAGAAGCCUCUUGAGAAUGCUUUAUGUUCAACACAAAAAUCUUUUAGGUCAACAAAACUAGGUGAUAGUUCUGCUGCUGCACUAAAUCUACAGCAUGUGCAAGAAUCAGAAGCCACAGGUAAUAUAUCAAGAUCCAGUUUACUAGCUGUAUAUAGUACAACUAACAGUUUAGCCACAAAACCUGAUAGAAAAGAAACGAAACAUGAGAAGAACUCAGAGAGUCCUAGCAGUGUGCUAGCCACGACUUCAGAUUCAACUGUGACUACGGAAAAUAAAAAUGCAGAAUCUCUUUUGGAACAACCUUCCAGUGAAAAAGCAAAAAGCCCCGCUGAACAUUCUGCUCUCUUUCAAAACGAACCUGCACCAUCAGCACUUCCAGUGCAAGAUUCCUUAGUGCAGGGUUAUGAGACAUUCUAUCCUGACUAUUCUUUUUAUUCUUGUCAUCAGAGUGAUAACAGUGGCAGUUCCACAGCCCAGAGUUACCAGGGAAAAACUUAUGAAGUGCAACAUUCUGGGAUGUCUGCUGUUGCAAAUAAUGUGUAUAAUGCUUACUCUAAUGUGUUUUACUCUCACGCAUAUAGUUACACUGCUCUUGGUGAGCAACAAAGUUCUAGCUCUGGUCAAACGUAUCCAGUGCAAGGAUAUUUUAGUUCUCAGAUGCCCCUUCCUUACAACUCUCAGAUGCCAUCUUUACCACAGUAUGCUGCAAGUCAGCCUUGGUCAUUAGGUCCUUUUUUAUAUCCUUUCAAUACAGAAUCAUCCUCAGAAGCUGUUUGGACCAGCACUCCCUGGCAGCAGGCAUCUUUUCAUCCUGGAUAUUGAAACCAGUCUCCUAUGACAACUUUUUGGUUCAGCAUUGUUUACUGUAAUUUUUCUUUGUUGAAGAUGUUUAGUUUUAGAUGCCUAUAUAGAUUUGUCACUGAUUAUACCAUACAGAACACUGCAUAAUGUUCUGAAGUGUAACCACUUACCCCAGAAGACAGUGUAAUUUACAUUUGCCAGUCUAUUACAUCAAAAUUUAUCUUUUUUUUUUAGGACAAAGUCAGCUGGAGUUUUCCUAGUGAUUUCUAUGGGUGCAGGAUUAAGUCCUUAAUGAACAGCAAGACUUACCUAAUAUGAUUUAAAAACCCAAAUACAUAGAUGAAAGGACAAAUUACCCAUUUCAGUGACCACUGAGAGCUCGCUUGACUGUGAAACCAUGGAAACAGCAUGGUUCUGCAGUACAAAAGGCAGGUUAAAUGGCUGGUUAAGGUAAUAACUGUGAAGUGGCUCUAUGGUGUUGACCUGGAGCAGGAUUUUUUUCCUCUCUGCCUACUAGAGGUACCCAGUAUACAGCCCUUUAGCCUCACUGGUUGUCGUGUCUCUGGAUUUGACACUAAUAUAUUAAGUUUUUAGUUAACUCUUAGAAAUGUGAUAUGAUGGUGUUCAUUUGACAUCUAAUAAAAAAAUUAAAACAGAA